CGAUACAUUUCAGCUGACACCUGAACAGCCCUUUAUUUUUAUUAUCUAAUAUUAUUAGUUUCGAGAAAAGCGCCGCUGUGAAAAUGAACCGAAUUUGCCAGAGUCUUUUGCGCCAGAGCACCUGGAGUCCCCGAGUGCUGGUUGCCGGAGGAACUGCAUCCAAUCCUGGCAUGCUCACACGCUUCUUUGCAGCGGAUGCGGCAACCGGCACGGCGGUGGACAAGGCGACGCUGGACAAGCUGGUGCGCACCAACAAGGUUGUCAUCUUCAUGAAGGGCAAUCCGCAGGCACCUCGCUGCGGGUUCAGCAAUGCCGUGGUACAGAUCCUGCGGAUGCACGGCGUUCAGUACGACGCUCACGAUGUCCUGGCAAACGAGGCCCUGCGACAAGGUGUCAAGGAGUACACCGACUGGCCCACCAUUCCGCAGGUCUUUAUCGAUGGCGAGUUCGUUGGCGGCUGCGAUAUCCUGCUGCAGAUGCACCAAAGUGGUGAUCUGAUCGAGGAGCUCAAGAAAGUGGGCAUCGUCUCCGAGUUGCUGAAGGCGGAACAGGCCAAAAAGGAGGGUUCCACGGACGACAAGGCGAAGUGAUGAGCCGCCAGAGCACCCAAAGAUCAAAUAGACUCCCCCACACAAACUAACUGUUAGCCACGCAACGUUUUUAUUAUUAAAUGUUUAACUCAUAACGAUAACAA